AUGGGAUCGGUUUGUGCAAAGAAAAAAGAAGCUAGGAUUAAUUAAGUUAUACAGGAACAUUCUGCCUCACCUUAUAUGCAUGAUCAGCAAUCCUCUUUGUUAUUUUAAGAUAAAAAGACCUAACCUUAGACAUUAAUCAAAGUUAAAAUCCCUAAAGUAAUCUAUUUUCGUUAGUUCUUUCUUAGAAAAACAAAAAAGUGAGAGAAACUGUCAAGGCUGUCACACUAAAAAAUGAAGAAGUAAUUAUAUAUCAAAAUACAUCUACUUAGGGAUAAAAGAUGUUAAAUGAUUAUGUUUUCGAUGAAUUUUUAGGUCAAGGUGCCUUUGGUAAAGUCAAACUGGCACAUAAGAAAGGAGAUCCCACUCAAAAAUUUGCCAUUAAAAUACUUAAAAAAAGCAAACUUAAACGAUAAAGAGAGUUUGUUAAAGAUGCCAAUGGAAGUAUAACUACCCUCUUUAUUCCAUUUUAGAUCUAGUUGUUAAGGAUGCUUUGCAAGAUGUCAAAAAGGAAAUUGCUAUCAUGAAAAAACUAAGACACAAUAACCUUAUUCAACUUUAUGAAGUGAUUGACAAUCCUACAAGUGAUAAAUUGUUUAUGGGUAAAUUUCCUCAUUUUUACACUCUAGUCCUUGAAUUUGCAGAAGGAGGUCAACUCAUUGAAUGGGAUGAUGAUGAAGGCAAAUUUUAUAAAUUGAACGAAGAUGAAGAAUUAACAGAAGAUGUACUUUCUUCUCUUUUUCGAGAUUGCAUAAAAGGCUUAGCAUUUCGUAUUAUAUAUAUCAAUAUUCUAAGUCCAUAAAAAUAAAGUUGUACACAGAGAUCUCAAACCUCAAAAUGUAUUGAUGUCAGGUAAAAUUGCUAAAAUCGCGGAUUUCGGAGUUUCUUAAGUUGUCGGUUCCAAAAAUGAUGUACUUGAAAACACAUAAGGAACUUACUAUUUUAUGCCUCCAGAAGCAUGCAAUAAAGAAACAGCCAAAGACGGAUAUUCUGGUCGUGCUGCCGAUAUUUGGGCACUUGGAGUAACCUUCUAUGCCUUCACAUACUUAACUGUUCCUUUCACUGGAAACAGCAUUCCUGAUAUACUUAAGAACAUAUCAGAAAAUGAGUACAUUAUUAUUCAAAUAUUUAGAAUUGAGUUUCCAGAGAAUUUCGCCAUAAGCGAUGGACUUAAAGAAUUUAUUCAUUUUAUCUUGAAUAAGGAUCCAAAGAAGAGACCAACAAUAAGUGAAAUUGCUAAGCAUCCCUGGAUUAAUCAAAGUUCAGCUUAACUAUUAGAUGAAAUGUAUAAUCAUUUAAUAUCCCUAUAUUAGGGAUCAAGAAGAAAAAGUUAUGGAAGUAUCAUAAGUUGACAUCGAUAAUGCAUAUUCUUUAGUUUCAUUGAUGAAAAUUAAAAGCUGGGCAUAAAAGUGGAGAACUGAGUCUAAUCUAAAAAAGGCUGGACCUUAAAAUUCAGUUGAAGAAAUAGAGAUUAAGUGA